AAAAUGAAGUUUUUCAUCGUUGCGGCCUGUGCCCUGUUUGCCCUGGUUUCGGCUCAGGAUGAACAGUAUACUACCAAAUACGAUAAUAUCGAUGUCGAGGAAAUCCUCAAGUCGGAUCGCUUGUUCAACAACUACUUCAAGUGCCUGAUGGACGAGGGUCCGUGCACUCCGGACGGCAAUGAGCUGAAGCGUAUCUUGCCGGAAGCGCUGCAGACAAACUGCGAAAAGUGUACCGAAGCUCAGCGAGCCGGGGCCAUCAAGGUUAUCAACUAUAUGAUAGAGAACCGCCCGGAACAGUGGACGACCCUGCAGGCAAAGUACGAUCCGGAUAAUACCUACAUCGAGAAGUACCGCGCCGAGGCGGAGCAGAGCGGUAUCACCCUGUGAAGAUUGUCCAGCAAGUGUGAAAUUGUUCAUCAGUAG